UUCGUUUUGUAAAUUUAUUAUUUAAUGAUUAAUAUCUACAAGUACAUUAAAAAUAUACUUAUCUGAUAUAAAUAAUGUAAUAUUUGAAUUAAAAUAAAGUAAAUAAUGUUUUCUAGAACUUUAAAUGUUUCCGCAAAUAUUUGCAAACCACCACUAUUCAAUCAAGUUUGGCUUCCACCUAAGAACGGUCGAUUGAUCCGUAAUUCAUUUCACAAUUCAAAAAGAGGUUCGCGGCAAGCUCUGAAACCUGACCCUUUGGAAAAUCUACAUAUUGAAACUGGCCCGUUACAUGCGAAAGGAUUAGUGAAACCGCUUAUUUUUACUGUGGGAGUCUCAGCAGUCAGUUUACUAGGCUGUGUAAUAUGGGAAUAUGAGAAUCUACGGGUUCACGCUUCUUCACUACUACGAAGACCAGGAACGUGGCUGACUGCACAGCAAAAAAAAAGUAAAUCAGAGCCUGGUCCAUUGAAAAAAUGGUGGAACUCACUACGGGAUAAUGAGAAGGUGUUUUAUCCAAUUUUAGCUGCUAACUUACUAGUAUUCGGAGCAUGGCGCAUUAGAGCUCUACAGCCUUUUAUGGUCAAAUACUUCUGUUCCAAUCCUUCAGGAGGUGCCGUAUGUCUUCCGAUGGUUCUUUCAACAUUCAGCCAUUAUUCACCAUUGCACCUGGCUGCCAAUAUGUAUGUUCUUUAUAGUUUCAUGCCUGCUGCUGUAUCUUCAAUGGGCAAAGAACAAUUUACAGCCAUGUAUCUCAGUGCCGGUGUCAUAAGCAGUUUUGCUAGUUUUCUUUACAAGGUUAUGCUAAAUCAACCAGGAUUAAGCCUUGGAGCAUCUGGUGCAAUCAUGUCAGUGCUGUCUUAUGUGUGUAUGCAAUACCCCGACACAAAACUAAGCAUCAUAUUUUUACCAAUGUACACUUUUGCGGCUGGUUCUGCAAUCAAAGUUAUAAUGGGAAUAGAUCUAGCUGGUGUUGUCUUGGGUUGGAAGUUCUUUGAUCAUGCUGCUCAUCUUGGUGGAGCUAUAUUUGGAAUUAUAUGGUGCCAAUGGGGUUAUUCUCACGUAUGGGGUAACAGAGACAAAUUCCUCCAGUAUUAUCACCACUUUAGAAAAAGCGAUCCCGGAAGGUAGCGAAGAAAAUCAAAAUGGCCAUUUAAAGUAUGAAUAUAAUUCGGUUGUUAACAACGGCGGUUUAUAUUGAACCAAUGGUUAAAAAUUAUAGAAACUUUUCAUUUA